AUGUCGAGCGCAGCGCAGGAUCCCCGUCUGCUCUACAGCGUCAGCAACAUUCGCGCAUUCCAUAUCCAAGAUGGUGAAGAGCAGGACCUCACGCCAUCCGGCCCUCAAACCCUCUCUCUGUUGAUGGUCCCCACCAACACCGCCAUCGCCGGGCCCGGCACCGAGUCCCCCGAGGACUCAAUUGAAGACGACUUCUACCUUCACCUGUACCUUCCACCCGAGCUGGAUAUCGCAAUCCCGGCCACAACCCAGAUCUUCCACCAGCCUCCCAACAGCUACCUCAUCCCCCGCUGGGACAUGGGUCCCGAUGCCGGCGCCUUCAUUCGCGUCCAAUUCCCAAGCAUCGGUUCUGGCCCGAACAACGUAACACAAGACGACGUUGAUACGUUCGAAUCGAUCCUUGCGCAGUGUACAGCCUUCCUCGAGCGAGCCCCUCCCCCGAAGGCUCAAGACUUUGCCGCUUAUAACCCCGCCGAUUACGCACCUGGCGAGGGUUAUGUUGGGUCUUCAGACAAGAAAAACGCAGAUGCGCAUGGGCGGAUUGUGUUGGUUGACGAGGAAGACGGUAGUGUCGUCGGAGAGCUUGGUGAUGGCUAUAACGUGGUGGAGGAUUCCGACGUGAAACCUGGAUCUAAGAGACCCGUUGGGAUUGAACUCCCCGCAGAAGGCGAAGGAAACCGCGUCAGUGUCAGCAAUGUCUCUGAAGAAUACCUAGCGAUGGCCCGACACCCGGCCUAUAAGAACUCCACACUCGUUCAAAGUUCAGCUACGGCAUCGCGUCUGGUGGUUACCGGAUCCAGCUAUCUGGCAGGAAUGAUUGCCAGCGGCGCAGAGAGCUUCCAAAAGAGAACGAAGCCCGUCCCCAAACCCUUGACCUUCUCGGAUGCCACGCACGCGCGCAUUCGCAAGGUUGGCAACUUCUCCAACGGCGCAGCAGAUCUAUCGGCGCGCACAGUCGGGCAAGUCGGAAAGGUCGCGCAGAACCUAGGAGCUUCUCUUGCGCGCAAGCAAGAGUCCGGAAAACGCAAAGGGAUCGACAAGCGAAACCCGCCCCAAGACUACAAGCCAGGCGUGAUGAACAAAUCGAUGAUCGCGUUCUCAACAUUAGCCGACGGCAUUGAACAAAGCGCUCGGAACAUGCUGUUCUCCGGUGCCAAUGCGGCCAGCUCUAUGAUUGACCACCGCUAUGGUAACGAAGCCGGUACCGUCGCGUCCAACUUGACGGGCGGUAUCAAGAAUGUCGGAUUGGUGUAUAUUGAUGCCACGGGCGUCAGUCGCCGCGCGCUUCUGAAAUCCGUAGCCAAGGGUAUGGUGGUGGGCAAAAUGCGUGAUGGCAAGCAGGUUGUGGUUGGUGGUGGAGAUGGAGGCCAAGUUCCAGAAGCCGCCGCCAGCGCUGCGGGCCCUUCGGGGUCGGGCGCGCGGGGCCCUCAGUCGUCGAGCCCCACACCGCCUCCUGCGUACGGCGCGUCGGGGACAAUGUCUCUGCCAGGGGGUAAGCGUUAA